GCUGUGUUAUAUCCCCUCUAUUAUCUGAUCAAAAUCCAAAUUAAAAUUGAUUCCCAGAAUGGCAACAGUUGCUUCCACCAUGGCCAGUCAGCUCAAAGCUGCUUCUUUGAUGACCAGAGGGUUUGGGGUUCCUAAGGGCAUUUCUGGAGCCCCCUUCAAAGUUUUGCCUUCAAGAAGGCCUUCUUGCUUCACUGUCAAGGCUGUCCAGAGUGAGAAGCCAACUUUUCAAGUGAUUCAGCCGCUGAACGGAGACCCAUUCAUCGGAAGUCUGGAAACGCCCGUAACCUCAAGCCCACUCAUCGCCUGGUACCUCUCCAACUUGCCGGCGUACAGGACCGCCGUGAACCCACUUCUCCGGGGUAUUGAAGUAGGGCUGGCCCACGGAUUCCUCCUGGUGGGCCCAUUCGUGAAGGCGGGCCCACUGAGAAACACGGUUUACGCCGGGAGUGCAGGGUCCUUGGCCGCCGGAGGGCUGGUUGUGAUCCUCAGCAUAUGCUUGACCAUGUACGGUAUCGCAUCCUUCAAGGAGGGCGACCCCUCGACGGCGCCGGGGUUGACGUUGACCGGGAGGAAGAAGGUCCCUGACCCGCUGCAGACGGCGGAUGGAUGGGGCAAAUUCACCGGCGGGUUUUUCUUUGGCGGAAUUUCCGGCGUCAUCUGGGCUUACUUCCUCCUCUACGUCCUCGACCUCCCUUACUUUGUUAAGUAGAUUCGUUUCAACUCGAUCUGUGUAUUUCAAUUCUGCAUGUAAACAUGAUGAGAAACGUACUACUGGAUAUUAUAUAUAUUGCUUCAAAUAUAUAUGCUUUGCAUUCAA